UGGCUCUUCUGUCCUGGCGCCAAUAACAAGGAAGUGUAAUGGCAGCGCUGUGAGAGCGGAGAGAGGUUCACUGGUAUUAUUCCAUUAACUGUUUGUGUUUGGUGUCACGUUUAAAGACAUGGACACACAGUCGUAUUUUCCCGUAACUCCUGGCGUGGGGAUGGAGGAGAAUUUUCUGUCUCUCGACGACAUUUUGCUCUCGCAGGAGAGGCUACCUGUCCGGACGGAGUGCGUCUUCCCACGGCUUGGAUUCCUGGAGAAGUCGAGUGACUCACAGGACAUUUCGGAGGGUACAAAGAUGGAGUUUCCUCUGUGGCUCUCCAAGGGUCUGUAUGAGAAGAAGAGGAAGGUGCUGUCUGUGGAGCUUCCCAAAGUGUACAAAGAGGGCUGGAGGACCGUGUUCACAGCUGACCCUAACGUGGUGGACCUGCAUAAGAUGGGGCCCUACUACUACGGCCUGGGAUCCCAGAUGCUCCACUUUGACAACCCAGAAAACCCUGACAUCGCAAAGACUCUGUUGCAGACGUUCAUCGGCCGCUUCAGACGGACAAUGGACUCCUCCCAAAACGCCUACAACGAGGACACAUCUGUGCUGGUGGGACGGCUGGACUGCUUGGAGAAGGUUCUGUUCAGGUCCGGUCAGAACGGCCUGAACGGCUUCCAGAGCUGGGAGAAGGGUCAGGCCUCGCAGCUCACCGCCUCUGGCCUGGUCCUCAACUACCGCAAGAGGAAGCUUGUCGACGUUCAGCCGUGACCGUCGCCCGGUCGUAUCAGAGCAACAGACUCUAUUGUGUAUAAAUCUUGUUUUUAUGUGUGAUUAUAAAUAAAAGGUUCACUGUUUCCUUUUUUCCA